GCUUAUGUAUACAAAGAGUGCAGCGAUAUCGAUGGAGGUUUCCUGUUAUAUAAUGUAGAAAAAAACUGCUGAUGAUUCCGAAACGCGUAUUGAGUUUUCCGAAGAACUUAGCCUUUGUUAUCAACUUAUCAUCAAGACGACGACGACAACGAUGCAAGAUCAAGUAACUGUAACCGAGGCGACAUUUACAAGGAUGUCGAAACCAAUUGGGAUGAUGAACAAGAUUCAAGACAGAGAGUAUGUAUAUCCGGGGACAAAGUAGGUUUUACAAUUUUACUAGUUACUUGCUACUUGCUAGGCAAUUUACUUCUUCUUUUUUUCUUUUUUUGGAUGGUCAACGUACGUAACUUUGGAAAUAGUGUUUUCUGGUUCUUCCUUUGUUCUAUACAUUGAAGUUUCCUUGAAUGUUGAUUGCAUUGUCGUCUUCGUUACCAUAAAAGUAGUAUUCUCAUCAGGGGGAAUACAAUUAAUACGAAGAGGGCUGAGUUUGACUAAUUGAAGAAUAGUAUACUAGAGUUUGACUGAUUUUUCAACUUUUUAACCUUUUUUACUAUUGAAUCAAAGAGCAGCAGCCAGCAGUAAAUGUUGGAUUCUGAAGCAUGCAUGUUGGAUUCACACUUAAAAUUUACCAGAAAAUAAACGACAAAAUUUUCUCAAAUCCCCUUUCAAGUUUCGCUUCUCUUCUCUCCUCUUGGCUCAGAAUUGUUUUGUUGUCGAUCAAACUUGAUUUCGAUUAUAAUGGAAGGAUCUUCAAUACAACCGCCCACCAAUUGUGUUCUCGCCAAUGAUUCUUCAUCUUCUUCAUCUUUUUCAAAUCCUCCUCAUCCUACUUCUUCUUCUUCUUCUCAGGUUAAAGAACAAUCUAGUGAAGGUGGUGUCUGUAGAUCUCAACCAAGUGGAAGCCAGUUGGAUGUUUCAAUCCAGAUACCACCAAAACCUAUGCCAAGUUUAGGAAUCUUGCGAAAUUUGAGUCUCAAAAGGAAAGCUUCUCUGCCAAACUAUGAGAGAAGACUGCUACUAAGUCCUAGUGUUUCAGAAACCAGUGAGAAGCCUCUUGUUGCUAGUUCCAUCACUUCUCCUUAUUGGAAAAGGUGUUUGUCACUUCCUUCUACUAAUGCUGCUAAAUUGUCAAUGGCUGCAUCUACUCCGCCUGUUUCUGCUGUAAUUCAUAGUGAACUACCUAAAUCUAAUAAAGAUGGUGUUCAUGCAUCAGUUUCAAGAUCCUUGUCCAUGCCCGGGAGAAACAAAGUGAUUGUACGAGCUAUCUCUUUUGACGACAACAAGAAUCACACUUCAAACGAAACAAGUGGCGACCAAAUCACUCCUGUUCCCGCAGAAGAAACAGAAGAAGAAAUCCCUGAAGAAGAAGCAGUUUGCAGGAUUUGUCUUGAUGUGUGCGAAGAAGGUAACACACUGAAAAUGGAAUGCAGUUGCAAAGGUGACCUCAGACUCGUUCACGAACAUUGUGCCAUUAAGUGGUUUAGUACAAAGGGAACGCGAAUCUGCGAUGUUUGCAGACAAGAAGUCCGAAACUUACCAGUGAUUUUGCUUCGUGUCCCAACAAUUAAUCAGCUUACCAAUAGACGGGAACUCACUCAGCAGAGUUCACAACCACAAGCCAUUAGUGUUGGGCAAGAGUUUGUAGUGCUUGUACUCAUCAGCACCGUCUGCUACUUCUUUUUCCUUGAACAUUUACUGAUUCCUGAGUUGAAGUCGCAAGCAAUCUUUGUUGCAGCCCCAUUUUCAUUCACCUUAUCUCUCUUAGCCUCAAGUUUUGCCGUCAUCCUCGCAAUCAGAGAAUACAUAUGGACAUACGCUGCUCUUGAGUUUGCAUUAGUGGCCUUAACUGUUCAUCUGUUAUAUACUACACUUGGUGUACCAGUUGUCUAUGCAAUGCUUUUCGCGGGGAUUCUGGGUUUUGGGAUGACAAUGGGCUUAAACUUGUUGUGCAUUUGUUAUUCCUCUCAGCAUGUGCGGUUUCAGCAGAAUCCGAACUUAGUAUAAAAAAAGUCUCUUCCUUUUUAAGUUUUUUCUCUUCUUAAGGCUUGGAUAGUUGGAUAUGAAAGGGCAAUGCUGAAUAGAUGGGUUUCACCUAAAACCUUGAGACCUGUAUAUAUAUAUGAGUUUGUCGUACUUUUGUAUUAAGAGACUAGCUUUUCUGGAAUGACAUUUACAGCGAGAAUGUGUGAAGAUUCAUGAAAUGAAAGAGCUGUUGUGAAUGUGAAUGAGAUCAGAUUUUACUUC